AUGGGAAUUACAGCACCAUUUCUAGGAGUAGGAACGAGCUCCGGUUAUGGCAGUUGUGAAUACCGCCCUAGAUUUUCAACUACCAACCAGAACCACCGGUCCAUAUCCAAAUUCAGAUUACCUCUCCCGCGCAGCUCAAAAUCAAACCCUCUCACUUCCAACAAUACUACUAGAAAGAAGAACAAUACAAGGAAGAAGAGGAAAAAGAAUGAGAAUGGGUCGAGGUGCAGCACCUCCGAUAUUCUGCGGUUGAUGGAUGGGCUCCAAGUCCCAGUAACAUCAACAACUCUAUCUGACAAUCACAUGUACGCUUCUCUCAUCAACGAUUGUUCCGACUCCGGCGCGGCUCUCCACUUACAGGCCCACCUCACUAGAAAGAGCCCACCACCUCCUCUACAUUUGCUCAACCGCCUGCUUCUCCGUCACGUCUGUAACGGCCGUUUGGAUAAUGCCCACCAGCUGUUCGAUGAAAUGCCGCUUAAGGACUUCAACUCCUGGGCCACCUUGAUAGUUGCGUAUGCCCAAAAUGCCGACUACGCGGAGGCCCUGAGGUUGUUCCUGAGCAUGCUGCACCUGCAGGACUGUCAUGUUGAUAUCUCGGAGUUUCCUGCUUGGAUCAUGGCUUGUGUUCUCGACGCUACGAUGGAUGUGGGAUUAGGGGAGCAGCUCCAUGGCUGCUGUCUCAAGUUGGGUCAUGCUAAUCGUGAUAUGUUUGUUGCCACCUCCUUGAUCAACUUGUACGGCAGAUUGAGGUGCCAUGAAGCUGCGCAACGCGCCUCCCUUGGGCUCUCGCAGCCUAAUGCGCUGACAUGGACGGCUAGGAUGAUCAACAACUCUAGAGGAGAGCGGUUUUUUGAAGUGAUCAGUGACUUUAAGGAAAUAGGGAGGGCUGGGAUAAGUAAGAACACUAGUAUGAUCUCUUGUGUCCUCAGGGCGUGUGCUAGGAUGCAUGAUAGUGGUUUCAGGGGCAGACAAGUUCAUGCCAAUGCCAUCAAACUUGGUGUGGAUUCCCAUUCUUUUGUGCACUGCGGGUUAAUUGAUAUGUAUGGAAGAAACGGGCUACUUAGAGAUGCGAAACUGGUGUUUCAGACGUUCAACGAUACAACAUCUACUGCGUGUUGGAAUGCCAUGCUUACAAAUUACUUGCGGAAUGGGUUACACAUCGAAGCCCUCAAGUUUCUUUAUGAGAUGCAGGCAGAUGGGUUGCAGCCUCAGGAAUAUCUGCUGGAUCAAGUGAGGAUUGCUUGCGCUAGUAAUGGUCUAUAA